CCUGAUCGGUGCUCAUAAAGAGCCGAAGGAACUCGUUUAUGUCGACAAAAGUUUGAUGAAUUAGCUUCCGUAUCACAGGUUUGCAGGGAUCGAUUCUUUGUGUACUUUUCUGGGUUCGUAUGUUGAUACGUAUUUACUCGUAGUUUUUUGCUCGUUGACGAUUUUGCAGAGGUGCAGUCAUUACUUGCCACCUUCGCCGGGUCUUGCGGGCAGGGAAGAAACCGCAUGAAUAAAACGGGAGUAGUUGUUCUCCUUCCUACUUUUGGUUUUGGAACAUCAAGUGUUUAAGUUUAUACUUCAUCAAUCAACCUUUACAGUGUUUUUUUGAAAACGUAGACCAGCAAAAUGGCCCCGGAGAUCAGCGCCAAGGAGGCGCUGUUCCCGGUGGACGGGCCGGGUAUGGCUUUGCGGCAGGACGGCAUGUCCCUGGACACGGUGGACGGGCCCGGAAGGUCGAAACCGUACUACGCAACCCGAAAUUUGCUCACCUUGACGUCCGUUCACGAACCAAAAAAACCCCUCUUCGCGCCAUUAAAGGAACCAAUCUCCUAUCAAAAAACUUACUACCCGAACCCGGUAUAGAAGUACCUUAGUUUUUUUUCGGCAGGGUGUCUUUUUACUUAAAUACAUUUCACGUUCCGCCACUGCAGCUCACGUGCCUGCAAAAAAAAAAAGAACAAAUCUGUCAAGUAAUGAACUACACUUCUCCGACUAGGUACGAAGACCUCGCGAUUUGAGUCUGUGCGUCGCGGAUAUCGCGUAUGCGCAGCCGGCAUUGGUGGAAACGAGUGGACGGCACACAAAUCCAUUGCAGCCGCAGUAUCAGUUUCUCGGCGCGACACAAGUAAAGCCCGUGGAGCCAUACGUCGCGAGAUUUGGAGGCAACGUAUUCAUUCAUCGAUACCUUUUUUCGAGUGGUGCGCUUCAUCUCUGUCUUGAAUUUUUAUGUACGUCAUGAUGACAUUUUCAGCGCAUGUUUAUCGUUCUAUGUCACCGGCGCCUUGUACAGUUUCUUUGUUCACAUGGACAUGUUCACGACGUCACUGACUAACAGUUUAUCCUCGAGACUCGGGACAUCGAGGGAGCUGCACCGAAGCGCAUGAUUCCCGAUCGCAACUACGUGCGGCACAAUACGGACUGCAGUGACAUCGCCUACGCCACGCCAAAUUACUUCGGCCGACAUGUCAAGCCAAGCACAUUUAUAGGACAUCGAAAAUACCCUUAUGAAGAGCCGCCAGGUAUGAAAAUUUGCAGACAGCCUUGUUCUGCCAGCCAAUGGAACGGGUUCGAGUUCUACUUCUUUCAUUUUCUUUUUUUACCCUUCUCGGUGCGAAGCGGAUCGUGUCUUUCUCGUUUUUGCUUUUUUACAAUCUCACUCGAAAUGAAAAAAAGUCCGUCCGCGCGACUUCCGCGAAACGAAUCCUCUGGAUCCAGAAUACCGGAUGUCGCAGCAGCCGCCCCAGGUGAGGUCGCAAGUGACCGACGCGAAUCCGGGCGCUGGUGUCCCGAACCUCCCCUCGCCGGUGAAUCUUGGGAAGUACAUCCCCGGUUCAAAACCGCGCAAGUUGCAGUGGAGCAACAGCGAGCCCCAGUUUUCCCUGCUUUCCCAGGACAUCGCCGGGGCGGCGCCGCAGCGCUACGUGGGCGAGUUGCCGUUCAAUCUGUACGAAGCGCGGACCAUGCGCAGCAAACCGGUGCUGAAUACGGUGAGCCACGACAUUCCGGGGGCGCAGGUCGGCACAUUGAAGACCGGCGUCGUGUCGACGCGCAACACGAAUCCGCUGAUCCCCAGCUACGUCUUCCUGGACGGAAAGCUGUCGCCGUGGGACGCGCAAAAAAGUCCGGCCAGCAUCGGCGGGCACGUUUCGGCACACGUGCCGGAGCUGCACGUGCGACCAAAUGCCGCACCUGGAACGAUGUGA